AGGGGCCGCGGCGCGGGCCGGUGACUAUGGCAACCGCUGUCCGGCAGCUGAGGCCGCAGGCUGGCCGCGCAGCGCGGCAGCAGGUGGCGGCCCGGGCCCAGCGAUGCCCAAAGGCAGGUUGGCCAACCCCAGCACCGAGCGGGACGGCGCUUGGUUCCCACACCUUGGAAUAUUCCAUAGUCAACCUGAAUCGAUCACAGAGUGUAUGCUAAAACAGGUACAAAAUCCAGAAGAGGCUCAAUAUAUUCAGAAGAGAUUGCCACUAGUAUACAAAAUUCGGGAGCAGAAAGCAGUAAAAAAUCACUUUCCAUUUUCAACCCAUGACAACAGGCAUUGUUUACAGAAUGUGGGAGAGUACUUUGAUUUUAGCCUAGGACGAAAGAAGGUUGAACCAGAAAGAAGGCAACAGAAUUCACAAAACUUCUGUCUGUGGGCACAUGAAUACAUUCCGACUAGUCAUGAUGGUUUUACCAUUUAUCAAACAUCAUUCAUAGGUGAUCAAGAUACCAAGCGUCCUUUUUGUAGACGAUAUCCAAAACAGCACUUAGAAAGGUGCUAUGUUUAUAAAUCUAUUCCUGAAAAUGAAAAACACAUGUAGUCAAACCACCAUGUUAAUUGCAGGAUUCCUUAUUUAGUAUUAAUUAUUUAGUGUUAUUUACUCCUUAUUUAUCAACAUCCUUUCUCUGGGUCUGAACCACUCUUACCCAUCAAACACAUGAUGGAAUAAAUAUCUGUGUAAAAUGGAUACUGCAGUACAUGUUGCAAAUAUUUACAGUUGGCAGGUUCAUUGAAAUUAGCAAUGAUCUUGCUUUUUGCAUUCUUUAGCUUUACUGAAAACUAAAAUUACUAUGAAAACAUAAGUUACAAUAAAGUAAGUUGUAAUGAAUCACAACAACA